AUGACAUCCGAACAAAUCAUCAGUACCCUACGCGCACUGAAUAUCAACAUCCCCGGAACGAUACCCCGAAAAGCGCUCAAGAAAUGUCUCCGCCUCGCGCUCGACGUCUGCCAGUACGGAGUCCGCUUCGCCCCCGUCCUCGAUCUCAACGCACUCCCCGAGUGGCCUCAACCUUCACAUGACGACAUUCACGCCCGGCAGAACUGUCGAGCGCGGCCCCCCAGAGGACUGCAAGAAGCUGUACGACAAUGGGAACCGGUACGCGCCCGCGUCCCGGAGAUGUCAGACACGCACCCGUUCACGAGCCUGCGCAUGGCCAUUCUGGACCUCGUGAAGCUGACCGAGUGCGGCUCACCCUGGGCCGUGCUCGACCCGGGCCACGCGGUGAUCAACAUCCGGGUCGUCUCUGUGCGGAAGGUGCACGAACGCAUGCCCGUGUUCGUUGUGCUCUACCGUGCCUUCGACUUGGCGAACACGAGCGACGCCGAGGCCGAGAUAUGCGUCCACUGGGCGACUGCCCAAGGAGAGGCACGCUACCAGUGGGCCCCACCACUGCCGCCGUUCGGAACCGGAGAUUCGGGGAACCACUUCACGAUCGACCCGCUCGCCGGGAGGCUCAUCGUGAAGCUGCUCCGCAUGAACGAGGCCGUCGUGCCGCCCAACUUCCAGGUCUGGCGUCAGCCUGGGGAGGAAAUCUUCAAAGCCUCGGUGCUGUUUCCGGUAGGGGAAUUCACGCAGGUGGAUUUUCUGGUGCAGACCCGGCUCCGAAUAUUCUUCUGCGCGAUGUGCGGGCAGUCUCCGGUCAAGGAGUGCACGCAGUGCUUCUCGAUCGCGUACUGUGGCAAAGCAUGUCAGCGCGCGCACUGGUCUGCGCACAAAGAAGUGUGUGUAUUUCGCGCUGGCGACCACUGGCGACCUGUCCGCGCAGACUCUCUCUCCAUCGAGGCAUCACGAUUCAACGAUCCACCACCCGCCCCAAACGCGCGAGAUUCCGUCAUGCUCCCCGACGUGGCCUGCGCGGACCGUCUUGAAGGGCGAGCCCCAAACGCGCGCAAGGAGAAACGGUUUCUCGUGCAGAUAUCGCUGCCACCGGGUGCGGUUUCUGGGACCGCGGCGGCUUACGAGGAGAUAUCCUUGUUUGAUUGCAGCCGCGGUCUCUCGCUCGCUAUUUCUCGCAGCCAUAACCACCAGCUUUUUGAGGAGCUGAAGGCAGAAGUAUUGGGGCCACGCGGGAGCCUCGACGGCGGGAUAUAUCGCUGGGCGGAGAGAACAGGACUGUGGACGUACAGCUUGUGUAUAGACCGCAUGCCCCCAUCAGUCCAAACACGCUGUUGA